AUGACCAAGGAGGUAUGGUGGAUCGCUAUGCGAUCGCAGCACUAUCUUACCGUGAGUUGCCUCGGCAAGCCCACCGAGUCAGCCUGGAUGUCCCUGUACAUGUCACAAAACUUCUUGAACGCAACGCGUCUAACAAGCGUCCUUCUCCCGACUGCUUCACUGGUUGCACAAUUCUACACCAUUCCAUCCCCUUCAUCUAGGGGCCACCCACCCAAGCUUCGAUAUCUGCAUCAAGUCCUGGGCCUCGUCAUGUGUUAUUACGUCGGGUCAAUGGAGAACAUCACGCUUAGCAUGCUGUUCGGAGUACCACCGACGACGUUGAGCGGAUAUGGGCCUGCUCGCAUCGCGUGGCCGUCGCCGUCCCGACAAGUUGAGCUGGCCCGACUGGUAGAACCCCGAGAGCCGCUGCUGAAGCACACUUUUGGAUUUAUCGACGGAACGAAUCUUCGGGUGAUGCAGCCAUCCUACGCAGACCUUCAGAAUGUCAUGUACAACGGCUAG